AUGAAUUAUUCUAAUGAAUAGACAGAAGGUCUAUAUGAGGUUUUUGCAUAGGUUAAGGAUGUUGAUGAAUAAAUAUUCAGACAUAUGAUUAAAAUUUUAAAAUAAGAAAAUAUAUCAGAUAGCCUACGAUAUCUUUAAAAAGAUGAGCAUCAAAAGCAAUUUGAGUAAUAAAUUCUAAAGAUGGAAGAUUUAUCAUCUGAGGAUAUGAAAUAGAAGUUAAAUGUUAUAAAGAAUAACAUUAAGGCAAUAUCUAAUAUUCUCAAAUAAAUUAAAGCUCAUGAUUUUAAUAAAAAUAAUUUUUAAUCUGAAAAAUACUUAGAAAUUAAAAAAGGUUUAAGGAAGGCAAUCGUAGAGAAUAAGAAGAUCAUUUAAUUUUUAAAAUUUUUAGUACUUCUCACAGGAAUAGAUAACCAAUUUAUAGUAUGCGGAUCAAAUUCAUUAAAUUUAUUAGUUGAAAUGAAGAUUGAUCUAAGGUACCAUUGCUUUGAAAAUAUCAAGAUUGAGAACACUUCUUUAAUUGGAGGUAAUUUUGUUAGAUGUAAUUUGAGUGGAUCGGAAUUCAAUAAUGUAGAUAUCAGUGGAGUUAAUUUGAAUGGAGCAUUACUCUUUAAUUGCAAAUGGAAGAACAUGAAAAUCAAUGAAUUGAAUAGAAUUGAAGGUCAUAGUGAUAGGGUAAAUUCAGUCUGUAUUUCCCCUGAUGGAAGUACAUUAGCAUCAGGCAGUGGGCAUUUUUAUAUUUGCGGUGGAGAUUGCUCUAUCCGUUUAUGGGACAUAAAGACUGGAUAAUUAAAAGCCAAAUUUGAUGGUCAUAGUAUGGGAGUAAUGUCAGUAUGCUUCUCUCCUGAUGGUGCCACGUUAGCAUCGGGUAGUCACGAUAUUUCUAUUCGUUUAUGGGAUGUAAAGACAGGAUAAGAAUAAGCCAAAUUAGAUGGUCAUAAAAAGUCAGUUCAAUCAGUAUGCUUCUCUCCUGAUGGUUCUACUUUUGCAUCUGGUAGUUGGGAUAACUCUGUCAUUUUAUGGGAUUAUAAGACAAGAUAAUAAAAAGCCAAAUUUGAUGAUCAUAUUAAAUCAGUCCAAUCAGUAUGCUUCUCUUUUGAUGGUACUACUUUAGCAUCAGGAAGUUACGAUAACUCUAUCCUUUUAUGGGAUGUAAAAACCAGAAAAAAAAUAGCCAAACUAGAUGGCCAUAGUGGUGGAGUCAACUCAAUAAGUUUCUCUCCUGAUGGUACUAUGCUUGCAUCAGGUAGUUAUGAUAAAUCUAUCCGUUUAUGGGAUAUUAAAAAAGGAUAAUAAUAAGCCAAAUUGGAUGGUCAUACUCAUUGGGUCAACUCAGUAUGCUUCUCUUCUGAUGGAACUAAAUUAGCUUCUGGAAGUCAUGAUAAUUCUAUUCGUUUAUGGGAUGUAAAGACAGGGCAAUAAUGCGCUAAAUUGGAUGGUCAUAUACAUUAUGUCUACUCAGUAUGUUUCUCUUCUGAUGAUACUAUAUUAGUAUCUGGUAGUGAAGAUAAAUCUAUUGGUUUGUGGGAUAUUAAGUCAGGAUAAUAAAAAAUAAAAUCGGACAGUCAUACAUAAGAUGUCAACUAGGUAUGCUUCUCUUCUGACGGUACUACAUUAGCAUCUAGUAGUGAAGAUAAGUCUAUCCGUUUUUGGGAUGCUAGGACCGGAUAAUAAAAAGCCAAACUAGCUGGCCAUAGUGGCGGAGUCAGCUCUAUCAGUUUCACUUCUGAUGGUACUACACUCGCAUCAGGUAGUUAUGAUAAAUCUAUCCGUUUAUGGAAUGUUAAGACAGGAUAAUAAAGAGCCAAAUUGGAAGGCCAUAUUAGUUCUGUUCUAUCUGUAAGCUUCUCUCUUGACGGUAUGUCGUUAGUAUCGGGUAGUGCAGAUAACUCUGUCCGUUUGUGGGAUGUUAAGACAGCCAAAUAAAAAGCCAAAAUGAAUGGUCAUAGUGAUUAGGUCAACUCAGUUUGCUUCUCCCCAGAUGACAUUAAAUUAGCAUCUGGUAGUCACGAUAAUUCUAUUCGUAUAUGGGAUAUUAAGACAGCAAAAUAAAAAGUCAAAAUGGACGGUCAUCGCGGUUAUGUCUACUCUAUAUGCUUUUUUCCUGAUGUUAUUACAUUAGCAUCUGGAAGUGCAGAUAAAUCAAUUCGUUUGUGGGAUGUAAAAACAGGUUAAUAAAAAGCUAAAUUUGAUACUCAUACUAGCAAUGUCUAUUCAGUAUGCUUAUCUCCUGAUGGGACCACAUUAGCAUCGGGCAGUGCAGAUAAAUCAAUCCGUUUAUGGGAUGUUAAGACAGGACUAUAAAAAGCCAAAAAGGAUGGACAUACACGCACUGUCCGAUCAGUAUGCUUCUCUCCUGAUGGUUCUACAUUAGCAUCAGGUAGUGUUGAUAACUCUAUUCGAUUAUGGGAUGCUUAGACUGAAUUAUAAAUUGAGCGUACGGAUUAAUCUUUCAAAGAUGUUUUAAUUUAAUCUAAAACUCAAUUAUUUUAAAACAAUAUUCUUUCAGAAGAUGGUAUUUGUUUAAAUUAUAAAGUUUACUCUGAUUACCAAAUCCUUGUUAUAUCCAAUUAAAUUGUAUUUUAAUCAUAGGGAGCCCUAAUUCUCGAUGGAUAAUUUGAGAAUCAAUCAGGCAUAGAUCUUAAAAAAUUAUUGGAAUAAAAACGAAGUUACCUAUUAGAAAAUUGAUAAUUAU